UAGCAGAACGAUCACAGGAGUCAUUUAAGUAAAAGAGACGAUGGCGGUGUUACAAAUCGUUCUGCUGUUCUGUGUUGGAAGCUCAAUUGCAGAAGAUUUAUUUUCACCAAAUGUGAACAUUAUAACUGAACUUGAGAAGCUGAAAAACAUGGAGGAAAGGAUACAAAAAUUAGAAAAUGAGAAUGAAGCUUUGAAAACCUUACUGCAAGAGUCACAAAUUAAGAUAGAACAUUUCCAAAAAGACAAUGAAGUCAAUAAGAUUGCCUUCUCAGCUGGACUUAUGGCAUCUGGACAAGGACAGACUGGGCCCAUUAAUUCAGAGGAAAUUCUGGUCUACAAAAAAGUCUUCAGUAAUAUUGGAAAUGCCUAUGACUCAAACACUGGCAUUUUCACAGCACCAGUUAAAGGAGUCUAUUACUUCAGAUUUUAUGGUCAUUGUCACGGUGGAACCACAAUGGCAAUCAGUUUACAAAAAAAUGGUGUAACCCAGUGCUCUGUGUUUGCUUGGAAACCUACAAGCAACGGUAAUGGCAGCAACGGCGUCGUUCUCACAUUGGAGCCUGGUGAUAAAAUGUAUACAAAGCUUUGGAGAAACACCUGGACUUAUGACGAUCCAGCAAGUUACACUAGUUUCAGUGGUUUUCUGAUCUUUCCCUUGUGAAUGUCUAAUAUAAAAAAAUAUAUAUAUAUAUAUAUAGACAAUUAUAAUUAGAUAAAGCAAACAAUUCUAAUAAAAAAACAGUUUGAAUAAUCCUAAAUAUUCACUGACAACAGUCAAAAACUAUUUUCUGUCUGUUUAAAAUAAGAAUAACACAAUUUAAUUUAAUAUUUUAUUGAAAUGAUCCUGUAGAAUUAUUCUGAAACAGGGCAAUAUAAAAAAGACAGGUAAAUACAAACAUAGAUGUUCACUGGAAGUUUCGGUGACUCUCUGUAAAGGAGCCACUGUAAGUUUCCCCCUUUUUAAAAUACAAAUUUUUACUUUGCUAACAGAAAAAAAAAACUCACCAGAGACAUAGGGCAAACAAGGAACAAGCCAGAUCCACACAGAGAAAGCAUUAUAGAGAUAUUCUGCUAGUGAUAAAUUAAAACAUCUCUGGUUCACGUCUCAAUGAUUAAGAUUAAGUGGAGAAUGUAAUAGUUUGUGUUGAAAACAGACGUUUGUCUUCUUCAAGGUUGAGGGAUACUUCAAGAGCCUGAAAGAUGUCAUGCUAACAUUAAAAAUAAACUGACAUCACUCAAACCGAUGUGAUCGCAGCGUCAGCUAAGAUAAGAGCACAGACAUUUACAUCAUCAUAGAUGAAUCUUUUAAAGACUUGCUUCAACCUUUUCAAAAGAACUGAAAAGGCUGAAAUCUGAGUGGAAGUCUGGUGUCCAGAGCGUUUAAAAUUACGAGUCGUCACCAUUGAUGCUGUCGCCAUCAUCUUCCCCUUCUUCGUGCUCACCCUCUUCCUCUUCUCCUUCCUCAUUCUCUCCACCCUGGCUUUUAAUCUAACAACAAAGAUGCUAGUCAGCCUCAGCAACAUUCAUCAUUUCACACAUCUUCUCUCAAAUAAUGUCUUUUUUUAACCCAGGAUCAACCACACUCACCUCUUCCUCCUCCUCCUCCUCCUCCUCUUCUUCCUCCUCCCCCAGCAGAUCUCUCUCCUCCUCUGAAUCGUUUAGCUCUUGCUCUUCCCUCUCUCUCUCUUUCUUGCUAGAAUGCUGGAGGGGAGAAACCUCCCCAACUUCUGCCUUCACACUCUUCCCCUCUGAAGUAACAGAAAGAUAUGCAAUAAAUAUAAAAUGCAUUAAUGUUUAUUUUAAAAUAAAUUAACAAUUAAAACAUGUCAUUUUAAAUGAUAAUAACUUAUGUAAUUUUUAUUUUAAACAAAUAUUUAGCAACAUAACAGUUUUUAACAUUGAUAAUAUGCUUUUCUGUGUUUCAAAUCAGUGUAUUAGAAUGAUUUCUGAUUAAUAUCUGUGACAUUAAAGACUGCAAUUGUUGGCAUUUUGUUGGAAUAAAUAACAUAAAAAUAUAUGAAACAGAA